AUGUCUUCGGAACUUCCAGUACGACACUGUUGGAGGCUGUCCAACGGUGAGGGCGACGAGUCGUCCACCCCAGGCUUACACAAACGUUUCACCAGACGCCUCUCGCAUUUCUGGAGACGCAAACGAGACAGAUUCGAAGCCAAAGUGGCUUCGAAAGCAGAGCAAACAGGAGAUAUGCCUCCAAACAAUGGAAAUGAUGAUUGCAAGUCAAUUGGCCAGCAUAUAACCUACAAAGCCCUGAGCCAACUGUUCAAGUCAGGCUACCCUGUACUUGGCAUUCUAGCCCUAGCGAGUGUGCAGUGUCAGCAAAAUGUUUUCAAUGCGCACAGUGGCCAUCUGGGAGCUUUUGGCCCAGCCUUGCGCAUCGGCCCGCUCCCGCCGUUGGGUCUUGCCCCUCCGAAACUAGACAUCUCUACAGGGGAUCAUUACAGGGCUGCUGCUGGGGGCCCUUCUAGCCAGAAAAGGCCACCGGGGAGCCCUGGCAAGUCUAGCAGCAACAGCAAGAAGCCGCGCAAGGAAAACAGACCUGCCGACAAUGCCCAGAAUGGCACAAAUGGUGAUGACGCAAAUGGUCGUGGCGACGAGUCCCAGAGCGACACAGAUCAUGAUGAGGAGGACGAUGAAGGUGAUUCCAGCCGCGAUGGACCACGUUUUCCUCCACCCACAAAUUCCCCCGACCGCAAAACAUUUCCAUGCCCAUUCCACAAGUAUCAUCCAGCUCGAUACUGUAAAUGCAAAGGGCUCCACAUAACGUCCAUCAGCUAUGUUAUACAGCACAUCGGCCGACGCCACGUAUUGAAAGAAGUGAGGAUGGAUGUACAGGAAACAGCUCAUUCAACGGAUGGUGAUCCCGACGUCGCGGAGAGAACGACAGACCCCCAUAAGAUCGUUUUCUACUGUCCGGCGUGCAGGGAUGAGUUCCAUGGCCGUGGGGCUGAUAUCAGAUGUGAUCGCCACACAGUAUGCGAGGCAAAAAGCAUUGCAGAGACGGGCGUUUUGCUACCGGCAGAGUUUAAAAAGCUCAAAGAUGAUGUCAACGCGGCGACUGGCAACGAUCAGAAAUGGGAGAGAAUAUGGACCACAUUGUACCCGGGAACAUCGACACCAACCCCGUAUAACGAGGCAGAACCUGUUGCUCCAAUUGUUGUUGAUGCACAGCCACACAACGCUAUCCAAGAUCACCCAGUUCCUGGAGCUGUCAAUCAACCUUACCACCCUGCUCCUCCAGAAGAUUUUGUUCAGCAAGUAGCGGACCUUCCGCAAAACCCUCACAAUUAUUUGAGCGAUGGCCCGUUUACCAAUAUGUUUAAUGACUCCUGGGGUACGGCGGAUGAGUUUGGAGAUGUGAACCAUGCUACUAGCCACAUCCCGAACACUGCACCGACUGAUUUGCCGGACUUGACGCAGUGGCCCAUGCCGUUUCCCAAUGAUACCUGGGAAAACUUCACUGCGAGCAUCAUCUGUCGCGUCUGUAGCAACGCUGGUCAUAUGGCUCGCGAUUGUCCCGACCGAUACCAGAACAACUUCCGCGGCACUUAA